AUGUUAGACAAGUUCAGAAGUGAAUUUGUCGUUCGCUUCUAUUGCGCUGUUUUUGCGCGUAAUAAAGUGUUUAUGGUCACCGAAUUUGCGCAAUAUGGAAGUCUUCAAGACUUGAUGAAACACAAAACGUCGAAUGAAGUUAAUGGGAUACUUUACAGAGACAUCAAACCAGACAACAUUUUAGUCUUUUCACUGGAGACUAUUGAAAAGGUUAAUUCAAAAUUGACUGAUUUUGGAAGUAGGAGAAAUGUCAACUUGUUGAUGACAAACAUGACAUUUACCAAAAAUAUUGGAACACCAACUUAUAUGGAACCUGAAAUUUUGAAAAAAGAAAAGUACAAAAUGAGUGCUGACAUCUUUUCAUUUGGAGUAACAAUAUACGAGUGUGUUGGGUGGUGUGAGGCGUACCCAAAAGAUGAAUUUAAAUUCCAUGGAAAAUGGCAGAAUUCGUUAUUUCUGGAAAACAUGUGA